CGUGAGGCAGUAGUCAUCUCACACAUCCUUAGCCUGUUUCACAGCCUGACGUUCCUCCUGCUCGGAGCUGGGCAAAGCAUGGUUGGUGGAAAACUUGAAGAAUUUCAAAGUAAGUGUCUCAUAGCCAGUAGUUGUUUUUUGAAGAUGAUUUUGAGUGGCAAACUUGAAGUGUUUUAACUUUACGCUGCACACUGAAAUAAAAGGUUUUGAGCAUACCACCGAAGCACUAUGCCUGCCCUCCUGCAGUCCUGUCGAGGUCGAUGGACAGAGAAGGCAGCGCUGCUCCUCUCGCUCUGCCUCCCCAGGGAGCUGUAACAGGCUUAUAGUUAUGUGUGCUCUGACAGCAGCAUCCCUGCGGUAUUCCCCUCCUCCUCCCUGCACCUGCUCUGCAGCUCUUAUCAGAGAUGAGCGGGAGCUGUAGGCUCCAGCCCACGCUCUUUCUUGGGUCUGUUAGAUUAGAGCCAAUGAAAGCCAUGGCUGACACAGCCACCCGUAUGCUUUGUGGAGUCCUUUGGGGACUGCGCUGCGAGGGAACGCUGCAAGCCUGGCCUGAUAAAUCAGCUGUGAUUUCAGACCCAUGGACAAAUUGGUUUCCCCUUCCAGGAAGGCUCACUACUGUCAGAUGAGCAUUGCUUUAUUUAUUGUUCUGUCCUUUGCAACUAGGGACUCUUGAGGGCAAGCAGAAAGGCUUCCAGUGACAUGAAAGCAGAGGUAUUGUAACUAACUCUUCCUUCAGCUGCAGUUGAGUGUCCCACCUUUGGGAACCUGACUGUUCUGGAAGCCUGAUGCAAUUCUGCAGCAUGCUUCAAAAACGUCUGGUCAUCCAAAUUCAAACCAGGCAACAAAUGGGUAGAAGACAGCAAAUAUCCAAGCGACAGAGGAAAGUAAUAGAGAUGACCUAAUUCCUUAAUGUGGUACUUGGUGCCAGGCAUUGUGUUCCCUUUUGUGUUCUAAUAAUGCCUUCACUGCUGUACCGACGCACUGACAAGAGGGCAAUGAACUCCUUCGAAGACAAAAUCCCCUGUGCGUAUUGCUUAGUCACCCUUUAUCACAAAAAGAUGGUAGUGGUUGUAAUUGUGGAAGCAUAUUCUGUGAGCAUUGGUGCUUACACAGGCCUUUUCAGGCCACCUUCUAUUGCUGAAUUUCCAUCUGGAGGAUCCCCACCUGUACCAGGCUGAUGGACGCGUUCGCAGGCGUGCUGGUAGCAGGUAGAUCUGCCCUCAUUGUAAAGUGGUAGCAACCCACUCCUACUGCUCCAGACAGAAGAGAGUGUCAAUGAAAAUCAAUGAAAAAGGACUUCUAAAUGAGUGAGUCAGGUAACUGAGGGAGGGAAAGUUCAAGAGGAUGUCAAGGGAAGGCCUUAAACCUCCCUGUACAGUGAUAAGCAUUUAAGGGUUAGCAAAGGAAAAGUUCGGGCCACCUUAAGGUCAGCCAGUGAUGACAGAGAAUGGGAAACAGUAGCAAUGCUGGUGCAACCUGUUGAUACUUCUUUCCUGUUACCAUAAAAAACAAAUGUAUCACUGUGGAGUUACUCUGCUUCCUUUGGAGAAGGAAGUCAGCCCUAAUGUUACAGGAGGCACCGGGGGUUGCAAAAGGGCCAGAGGAUCAGAGCUUGAGGACAGGCUGAUGUAGAGGAAAGGGAAGAUGGAGGAAGCUGGGAAAAAAGGAAAAUAAGCUUCUGGUAUUGAAGGGUGCUGAAGCAGAGCAGCUGAGAGAACCUAUUUGAUUCCAGAGAUUUGGUCCCAGUGUGGAACUGCUUCUAUGUGUGCUUAUUCCCUUCCAUCGCAGCUGGGAAGGGUCCCUGCCUUUCCCUGAGUAGAAGUGCAGGUUUUGUCUGCAUUGUGCUGGUCAGAGGAAUGCAGGUUUGGUGCUUGCAUGUCUGGGCAGAUACACUCCAAAGCCAACCCCAUUAGGAGAUGCUAAUUAUUUUAUUAUUGCCCUUUAAUCCCAGGGCAGACUCACUCGCAGCUGAGUCACUCUUUGCAUCCCAAUGGGACCUCCUCAGAAGCUGAUGUGCUCAGGCUCAGCACCCAGCAUGGAGACCUGGUUGUACUGCUUUUGGGCUUAUCUAGCUUUUGGGCUGCUUGGCCCAUGAGGUUUAGUCCUGCCCUGUAAACAACAGUCCAAGAUUCACCUUCUGCUUGCCUGUCAGCCCAGCCACAUCUCACACAGGUACAUGCCCUUCGUUCCCCUUGAGCAGCCAAGCGUGCUUUCUCCAUUUGCUGUUCUCCCAUUUUUCCUCUCCCACAGCAGAUCAGCUGCAGGUCAUUUCGCAGGUCCCUGUGAUUUGCUUUACUCACUGGAGUCUGCUCCUUCGCUGCUCUCUGUCUCGAGCCCCAGACAUGCUUGGAAGUGUUUGACAGAAUCCAUUAAGAAGGGUAAUGCAGCAAUUCUGAUAAACUAGCAAGAUGAGUUUAAAAGGAAAUGGGUGAUGUUUCAUCUGAAACUGGUGCAUGGCAGCUAGCCCUCACAAGGAGGGAUGAGAAGCAAAGGGGUUACAGUUUUCUCAGGAAAAUUCAUUUAUAGAAAUUGCUGGAUCAUGAACUCCCCACAGGUCCCUAUCAUUUAGAAAAACUUUAUUCUUCUUUGUAACUUUUGGUGAGGGAAUCCAGUGUUUCUUUUCAAAAACGUGUGGAUGAGAUGGCAUCUCUUCUCUCGAGCACCCAGGAUGGUAUAGCUGGCAUUAGGAGCUGGAUUGUUUGCAGGCAGAGCUUCAUUAUGUUCUUUCCAAGAACUUUGACACUGAUGAGCAGUGCAAGUGGGGAACACAUCUUUCUGUUUCAUUUUGUUCUGACACAGCAACCUUGCGGCUAAGUCACUCUGCUGUGCUUUCUUUGUGUGCUAAUUUAGGAUAAUAAUUCACCUUUUGACUGCUGGGGUUGGUUCAGAAUGGAGCUCGCCUUGAGGCAAAUGCUUUUGGAGAAAGUGAGAUGAGAUCCUUAGCUCUGUCACUGCAUCUCAACAGAAUGAGACAGUAGAUGCCACCGUGUGUGACAGGGGCAAAGCAAAGCAGGCAGCAGUGUUUAUAUAGUACCUUCUGCUGGUCCCCAAACCAGUCUCACUGGGAUCAUAUUUUGUGCAAAGAGAGAAGCAUUCUUUACUACUAAACAGGGGCAAGAGAAAGCAGGGAGACAUGCCAAGCAGCCUGCAGUCAACGUCAACACAUCACAGGCUUCUUGAAGUCCCACUGCAUGGAACAGCUCCAGUUGUUCAGUGCUUUGUUUUCCCUUUAAUACACUUAAACCCAGCAUCUCCGAGUCAGAAUUCAAUGUGUUGAUCCAUGGGAUUGGUUCAAGACACAUUGAAACAAUAUUAAAACAAAAACCAGUAACUACCAGCUGGUCUUGUAGCUGUAGAUACAUUGGCAAAGUGUGAUUUAUUGCAUAGCUGCAACCUGUGUCCCCACGUUACUGUAAAGGGAAAGCCAGGCAUACUGGCAUUCCACAGUGAGGUUUAUCACAGCUUGCAGAGAUCCAGAUCCAAGUACCCAUUGAGUCCAGAGCUGUUUACACACAGAGGCUGAAGGUCUGAGUUGCUCGUAUCCAGUACUGGUGGCCAAAAAUUUUAUCUUUUCCUUUUGAGUCACCCAGCAUUGGCCAGAGGUUGGUGCAAGCCUGGUGGCCUGUUCUAGCCAAUGUUAUGCUCCCAAGUGGAAUUUAGCUAACUAGAAGAGACGCAGACAUUUCCUACGAUUACUGGGGGUGAACAGCAUGUUAUUGGAGAAUCCCAAACCCUCGCUGUCGCUGCAGGUCUGGUGCGUGGAAAGCCCAGAGGCACAGAAGUAUCCCACUCAAGCAGCCAAGUGUUAACAACCUCUCCAAAGUCUAAUUUGCCUUUGAUAUAGACUUAAUUGUUUGCGUCACCCACUGGGCUAGGGGGAGGGCUAUAAAAGGGGCUGCAGCCAUUGUCUGAGGCAGAAGAGAGCCCAGAAACAGCUCCCUCUCCCAGUCUUCCUAAUUCAGCACCGUAGUCACAGCCUGUGCAUCAUGCAGCUGAUGGCCAGCCUGGUGUCUGUUCUGCUGCUGGUGUGGAGCGUGAGAGCCACGGCGCUGCCUGGAGAAGAGAGACUCGCGUUACAGAACAGCAGGGAGCAGACCAAGCUGCGCAGGGAUGCCCUGCUGAAGAUGCUGGCGGGGCUCCUGGAGAGCGCAGACGUGGCCUCCCCAGACCUGGAGGAGGAAGGCAAGCUGGAGGAGGAGCGGGCGGCGCUGGGGCGGCUGGCUCAGCUCUCGCAGCGGGACCGCAAGGCGCCCUGUAAAAACUUCUUCUGGAAAACCUUCACCUCCUGCUAGUGCCGCCCUGCUGGGCUGCCCGCCUGCCUGUCACCACACACCCCAUCCCCUCAGCUCCUUCCCUGUCGUGCACACCUGAGAAUAAAGCAUGGUGCCUCGG